CUUGGUGUCGUCUGUGGGUGAUCAUCAUGCAGAUAGUGCUUGCAGAGACUUUUUCGGAUCAGAUUGUGAAGGCAGAAAUGAAAGUCGAAUGCCACGCAAAAGGAGUAUAUGUGAUAUCUAGACGAUAUCUUACUGCUGACGACAUAAAGGUAUGCUCAACUCCGCAUAAGAUUCUCCGAUCUCAUCAGAAUUCAGUAAAUCCCAGCUUGGAGGAUCUUGAGCAAGAAUGUAGUAAGAUGUCAAUGAGCACAACCUUAGGUGAGGUGCAGUGGAACCAUGCAAGGGCAGUAAGUGCGAAUGAUCUCUCACAGAAUUUGAACCGUGAGGUUAAAGGAAGAAGGAAUCCUGAAAGCAGGAGAGAGCUGGACAAUCAACAGCAUAUCCUGGGUGCUGUCUUGGUGACAGAAACCACUGGCUCGGUGUCGUCUGUGGGUGAUCAUCAUGCAGAUAGUGCUUGCAGAGACUUUUCCAGAUCAGAUUGUGAAGGCAGAAAUGAAAGUCGAAUUCCACGCAAAAGGAGUAUAUGUGGUAGAGCUGCUCUCCAUUUCGUCUGUUGCCUUUGCAUAAUUUUUCUUGCUGUUGUAUUAUCGGGGUGGUGGAUUGAUGAUGAUGAGGUUUCUUAUGUAGUUCCAACAUAA